CUUAAACGACGAUAGGAGCGUGUAUCAAAAACAUAAAAGAAAUAAAUUGCAUAAAAUACAAUGCACAUAAAGAGUUGUCACUGACUAAUAGGUUUUAAUAAUCGAUUUAAAUGUGAUCUAAUUGUUAACAAAUUGUCAAAAAUCAAAUCUAAUUAUUUGAAACUUUUGAUUGUUUGUAAUUAGUACAUUAAAUAUUUCUACUUAAUAAAUUUUACAUUACAAUUGGAUUUCGAAUAAACGAUAAGAAAAAAGAACGUAAUUACAAUUCGUGGAAAAAUCAUAAAGCGCAAUUUCUGUGGAUUAUUCAGCCAUACGUCAUACCGUUCUAUAGUCCGAAGUAAGCUAUCCAUUUUAUUGUCUGCUUUCUUUGAUUUGUUUCAGUAUAUAUCCUAAGCUCCAUUAGUAAAGGUCGACAUAUUAGUGAUUUAUAAUCGCUCAUUGGUGACAAUUACCUUCUUUUUAUAAUAUAACUUGUGAAUAUUAGAAAAAAAAAAGAAUUUUAAUCCAAUAUUUUAAUUAAACAUUGAAUUUAAGUGUUAAAAAGAUUAAUCAUUUAUUAAUCAACAUUAUAGUUACUAUUGUUAACACAGGAAAAAGAAUGAGUGUGCUUUCUUUUAAUGAUAUUUUAUAAUAGUUUAUUAUAAUCAUAGCUGAAGUGUAAUUAUACAUAUUAUAAUUAUAUUGAUAAUUGUGUCGAUUUAUCAAUAUUUCUUAUAUUCAUUUAAUAUGUUAUAUUGGUUGCCAAAAAAACGCUUAAUAAAAAGGUAACAAUUUCUUUUGUUGUACGUGCAUGAUAACAAAGGCAAAGAAUACUUAAUAGGAUUAAGAAAUAGAUAUUUUCUUGUAUAUAUUUGCUAUUAAUAUAUUAACUUAUGAGCAUAUGAAUAGACAGUUAUUCAACCAUUAUUCAACAAAGCCUUUUAAUACAAAAGACUUGUGACAGGAAUCCUUAAGCUUUGGUAGCUACUAACAAACAUGCGAUCGAGUUAUCUACUCUUAGCAGCAGUGAUACCAUUCAUCGUCCUUGAUAUUUGGUACACAGGAAUAUGUUUAUUAUGGAUUAUGAAAGUAUCAAUCCUAACUUAUCUUAUUUUAUUUGGUAUUCUACCCAUUAUAUUUCAUUAUUCUUAUACAGUACAAAAAAAAAUUCUUUUUCUAAAUUUUGUAUACUGGCCACUUAACACUGAUUUUUCAAAGCCAGAGUUUCUUGGCUUGAAAGGAGUUAGAAAUUUUUACUUGCAUACCGAGGAACAUGUAAAAUUAGGAGUAUGGCAUAUAUUGCCACGAUCUUUAAUAAAUGAUUCAUUUGCUGCAAAAAGUGAAGUUUUUGAAACUUCUUUAUAUAAUAGUAGUAAACCAGUUUUUAUAUAUAUGCAUGGAAAUAGUGGAAAUAGAGCAAGUAGCCAUAGAUUAGAACUUUAUAAACUUUUCCAAGACUUGGAUUAUCAUAUUGUGUGCUUUGAUUAUAGAAGUUAUGGAGAUAGCGACAAAGCAGAACUUUCAGAAACAGGUAUUGUUAAUGAUAGUAAAUAUAUUAUUGAAUGGGUAAUGGCUAAAGUUAAUGGCACUGCACCUGUUUUUAUUUGGGGACAUUCUUUGGGUACUGGAGUGUCCACGCAUGCAUUAGCAUUAUUAGCUGCUAAAGGUACAAUACCUACGGGUUUGAUACUUGAAUCACCUUUCAAUAAUAUUAUUGAUGAAAUAAGCGAACAUCCAUUUGCACAGAUAUUUAAACACUUACCAUGGUUCAAUUGGCUAGUUGUAGAACCUUUCUAUAACAAUGGUUUACGAUUUGAAUCGGACAAACACAUUGGAAAUGUUACUUGUCCUAUUAUGAUAUUACAUGCUGAAGAUGAUAAUAUUAUACCAUUGUACUUGGGUGAAAAAUUAUAUCAAGCAGGAUUGAAUUAUCAUAAAAAUGAAACAAAUUUAAUUGAAAUGAUUAGAAUAGAUGCAUUAUAUGGACUUGGACAUAAAUAUAUUUGUCGAUAUAAAAUAUUACCAAACAUAAUUGAGUCGUUUGUAACAAAAUUACAAAAAAACAAGACUGAAGAAAAUACUUAAUCUGUCUAUAGUAUUAUUAUGCAAUUAUGUUUCUAAUAGAGAUUUGAUGGUAUUUUAUAUACUUAUAAAAGAGUAUAUUACAAAAUGAAUGCUAUAUAAUUAAUUUAAAAAAGUAUAUUAAUAACAUUAUGCUCUAAAACAUUCUAUUUAGAAAAUACUCAUUUACACGAAUAUAAUUACGAGAACAGAAAAUUGAUUAUAUUGGUGUUAAUUUUAUAAUAAAAUAUCGAAACAUAGAAUUUCAAAUACAAUACAUUUAUUUUUAUAUGUAUUGUAAUGAAAAUAACUUUCUUGUAUUGAUGUGAGUUUGCUGUACAGUUUCUCAGGUUAUUAAAAAAAACAAAUGUAUCGUUAAAUUACAAACAGAAUUAAUAAUGUAGUAGUUACGUAAUUUACUAGUGUAAAUUACUUUCUGUAUUAUUUUUAAUUUUAUUCAUUGAGUAAUAAGAAUUUGUUUUGAAAAAUAUAAGUAUGAGCUGAGUGUAUUUGAUUCUUAUGGUAUAUAUUUGUGAUAAACAUCGUCAUGUGUUUAUAAUGUAAUUGUAGAAUAUAAAUGUAAAGGUUAUAUAAAAUAAAUUUCAAUAGUAGUUUCUUGAA